CUUUUUAUAUAAACCUAAAAACCCUAUUAACCCCUCACACUCUCUCUCUCUCUACAAUUUCAAUCAACAACAUGUCAUCAAGCACCGAUCACCACGAAGAGGAAGAUGUUCCCGCCGGCGAGGACGAAGACACCGGCGCUCAAGUCGCUCCGAUCGUCAGACUCGAAGAGGUCGCUGUUUCCACCGGAGAAGAAGACGAAGAAGUUAUUCUCGACCUCAAAGCGAAACUGUACCGUUUUGAUAAGGAAGGGAACCAAUGGAAGGAACGUGGUGCUGGAACUGUGAAGUUUUUGAAGCAUAAAGUUACUGGAAAAGUUAGGCUUCUUAUGAGACAAUCGAAGAUUCUCAAGAUCUGUGCUAAUCAUCUCAUUUUGCCUAAGAUGACUGUGCAAGAGCAUGCUGGGAAUGAGAAAUCUUGUGUUUGGCAUGCAAGGGAUUUUGCUGAUGGUGAAUUGAAAGAUGAACUUUUCUGCAUUCGAUUUGCAUCAAUUGAAAAUUGCAAAAGGUUCAUAGAAACAUUCCAAGAAAUUGCUGAACCCCAGAACAGAGAAGAAAACGAGGAUGCAUCCGCUGCUGCUGUUCAACUUGAGAAUUUGAGUGUUGAAGGGAAAUCAGAUGCAGAAAAGCAAGUUGAAGAGAAAUCUGAGGACAAAACUAAGCAGCAAGUAUCUGCUGCACCAGAAAAAGAAAGCAAAGAAGAUUCAGAGAAGAAAGUUGAAGAGCCUGCUUCAUCUACUUGAUUGUGAUAUGUUCAUAUUUCCAAUGGGGCAAUAUGAUAAGGUUAGGUGGUUGACCUUUGUGCCACUCUUAUCAAUGUUCUCUCAUAGUCCUAAGUCUUCAAAUUGUUUUGUUGCUACGUUAUUGAGUGGUCCAUAUCCUUUGUUGAGGUAUUGUCAGCAUUGGUAGGUUUUUGAGUCAGGUUUGAAUCAUUGAGAUUGGUGGUUUCAGGGUCUUCAGUUGUUUUUUUCAUUCCAUUCAUGUAUUUCUAGUCGAAAUUUGAAUGAGUCAUGUUGGUGUCGGGGAUGGGAAGGGUGCAGUCGGGAAAUAGUAGAAGUAUAAACAAAGGUUUUUAAUGCAUAUUAUUGAGUAUAACAUUUUAUAGACUCAAA